ACCACAACCACGACGGCGAUAAACCCUAGCACAUCGGAAAUGGUGCAAUCCCUCUACGACGAGAUGGGAAGUGGCUUGCAAUGCAUAAAAUCAGACUCAAUGAGCCAAUCCAAAGAGAUUGGGAGUGUUGACAACACUAUCUUCUUCAAUGGCAGCAACGCUACAAAUGAAAAUAAUAUUAUGGGACGUGAAGAUUUUCGCAAUAUAAAUGCCGACCAAAUACACAGUAAUCACCAUCAACAAGAUGCAUAUAAUCUCCAUCACCACAAGGAAGCAUGUCAAGAGCCACAAUUUGACAAUCAUCUUCUAGAGGAAAGUGGGGAAGAUAAUUCACAUUGGAGUUUAAACCUACAAAAGAGCAGUAGUCUAUGGGAGUGGGAUGACUUGCUUGUUGAUGAGAAUUUUAAUUUCCAAAAUUUGCCCCCACUUUGAGCGACUCCGGCUACAAAUUAAUAAUCGAUGGGCGUGGCGGUAUAUAUAUAUAUAUAUAUAUGUCUAGUGCGUUAUAUAAUAGGGCGCACUUUUCGUUUUUAUAUAUUUCAAGAAUCUUACACAUCGUCUUUUACCGAUGUGCUAGAUUUGGUGUUUGUAUUUAAUUAAAUUGCAUUAAGACUACCUUUUUAGAGGUUAUAGUUGUUCAUAUUUUGCUAUGUCUAAUGUUAAUCAGCCAAUCAAACGGAAGAAAUGAUAUAAACAUGCAAUGAAUUACUAG